CGCUACACUGCCCCUCAGUCUUGGUGGUUUAGGUGUUUAUUCGAUGCAAGAUACAAUAUACUACUGUUAUUUAUCGUCGUGCUUGCAAACACUAGAAUUGCGGUAUGUUAUUUAGAGACACACGGCGUCAGUGGUUUUAGCUCCCAUAUUGAGGUAAAGAAGAACUUGACUUCCAAUUUUAAGUUGUGUGAACGUGAUUCAUUCCUAUGGCAGAGUAACCAAAUGAAGCAUGCCCUGGAUUUCUUACUGGUUAUCCAUGUCCCUGGUUUAAAUAAGCAAAUUGGUUCGAGGCAGUUUAGUGCUAUACUAUGUGAUAGACUCGGUAUCCCCUUGUUUGAACCAGAUAGUUUGUGCCCCUUCUGCAAGAGGGAGAUGGAUGUUUUUGGCGACCAUGCAGUGCACUGUACGAAUGAAAUUGGUUUAAAAUUUCUACAUGAUUUAGUACGUGACACGAUUGCAGACAUGUGUUAUCGGGCUGGGGUUCCUGCACGAAAAAAGGUGGAUUUGGGUUUUCUUACGAAAAACGGUACUUCCCUGAGACCGGCUGAUGUUCUUGUGCUCAAUUGGGAUAAUGGUCGGGACGUUUGCUUCGAUGUGACGAUCGUUUCACCCUUUGGUGGGAGUAAUGGUCGUACUUUGGAGGGGGGACACGCUAUCAGGGAUGCUGUCAAUCGCAAAAAUACCAAGUAUUUGGAAAAAUGCACUGCGUAAGGAUAUGGGUUUGGUGCUUUGGCUUUCACUACUAUGAGUGAGCUUGGUGACGGAACAACGGACUUCAUUAAACGGCUUCGCAACUAUAUGGCUAGUCAUGAUGCUAAUGUGCGUGUAGGUGAUUUCCUCUUUCAUAGGUUGAGUGUGGUAUUUCAAAAAGGAGUUGGAGCCUACCUUGUUGCUCGACUUUCGACUAGUUUUUUGUCUGAUGAGAAUUCUUUUGAUUUUCAUUAGUAAGCAAAAGAGUUUAAAAAAACUAAAUAAAAAAAUAAAAAAAUAAAAUGUAUAUUAUUAUUAAUAGGAGUAGUAUUAAAAUGGGAGUUAGUGUAUGGUUUAUAAAGGAAAGAGGGAGAAAUGAAAUAUGAGUUACAAACAUAAAUCAAAGAGGAAGAUGGAGUUAGAGAUUUUUGGAGAAGAAGAAUUAAGAAAAUCAGUAGAGGAUUAAUGAAAUUAAGGUUGAAUGUGAAACCCUUUCU